UCUAUUCCAAGAUUCUUUUCUCUUUCAAUUUCAGAUCAAGAACUGGAAAGCAGCUAUCAACCAUUGUACAGUCAAAAAUCCCUCGAGAUGGCUCUCCCAAAACUCCUAACAAUCCCCCUCCUCCGCACAACAACUACCCUCCCUCCCCGUCUCUCCCUCAAAACCGCGAAAUGUCUUUCCCGCCCCGAAAAACUCGCUCUAUAUUCUAUGGCCUCAAAGACAACUGUCAGUGACACAAUUAGAGAAGAUCACCGCGCCAUUGAAUCCGCCUACACCGAAGUCGUAUACUCGUCGGACCAAGAGCACCAAACUCGUUAUGGGAACCAGUUCACAUGGGAGCUGGCACGACAUUCAAUUGCCGAGGAGUUAAUUAUCUAUCCGGCUUUUGAGAAGUAUUUGGGAAGUGAGGGGAAGGAGAUGGCGGAAAAGGAUCGAGGACAGCAUCAUAGGCUCAAAGAACAUCUUAAAAGGUUCCAAAAUAUGCGUUCAUCAGACCCAGAUUAUAUCCCUCAAAUUCAAGCACUUUACGCAGACCUCCAACAGCACAUUAAAGAGGAAGAGCACGACGAUCUCCCUGCGCUCGAGAAAGCGUUAGUCCGGGAUACGGAGAAUAAAGGAGUGUCAGAGACACUGGCUAAGACGUUCGAAAGGACGAAAAUGUUUGUGCCGUCUAGAAGUCACCCUUCUGCUGGGGAGAAGCCGGCGUUUGAGAGCGUCAUGGGACUAUUGAGUGCACCAGUGGACAAGUUGGCUGAUAUGUUGAGGAAGUUUCCGAAAUGA